AUGGUUCGGAACGUACUUGCUCACCAUGUCCUUCAGUUUGCGGGCGUACUGCAUUCCGCGCUCACUCAGGUCCGCAUCUCCUCCAAUCUUGCCCUCCAAGUUGUACUGAGACUCUCCGUGACGCGACAACCAAAUGUAGCGGGGUUUGAUGUGCAGGUUCAUGAUGUAGAAAGCGAUUCUGCUCUCCAAGUAGCUCUCGAUCUUGUUGAUGAUGAUCUGGGAAUUGAUGUUGAUGAGUUUGAUGAAACUGAGGUUUUUGUCUGCCUCCAGAUCCAUGGGCUCGUAAUGGGUUUCAUAGUACUUGAUCUUGGUGAGAAUAUCAUCCUGAGCGUAGCUUUGGGAUUUGCCGACGUAAUCAGGUGA